AUGAUGAACGACCGAUUCAAAGAGGAAGAAUUCAAACUAAACCUGCCAAGGGAGUGGUACACAAAGAAAAACUCGAUUGAAAAUAACCAGCUGGUAAAAAGGAGCAGGCCCAACUGCGCACCAAGUUCGCCUACGAGUGUGGAAUCAGGGAAGGGUAACAACGCGCGCGUGCCAUUUCUCGUGUCAGCAUACGCUCUCAUGUCAUUUAAUCUGCUGAUAAUUGCUAUUUUGUCAUUUACGAUCAUAAAAACAUUUUUUGUUCUGAGGAACGACAUCAGAAUAAGAAUAGACAACGAAUUUGCUGAUUUACUGUACCUGAUCGAAGACAGCAAGUACAAAUACGAAGUUAACAGGUGUGGAUGCAUUGAUAUACCAGCAAUGAGGAAGGACUGCAUGAUUUGGAAGAAUAACAUGUCCAAGUCAAGAAGUGACGUUGAAGUGAUGAAAAUUGUGAUGGACUGCUUUGGUGAUAUGAUUGAUAGGUUCUUAGAGCGUAUUUCAUGGAAAUUCUUUAUUUUCAGUGUUUGUUUGACCAUUGUCUACCUGGUUAUAUACAAGAACAACAGACGAUAGACAUCCUUUCUAGCAAUUGAUGUUGUAUUUGGUUACUGUUUGUUGGAGAGGGCACAGCUCAGCGUGAACGGUGAACUGUCCGUUAAAGUGUAGUAAAAUAAAUAAUUUGAUGAAAUGCAUUUAAACAAUAAGAGCUGUUCUUCAUACACAGGAUUUACUUGAUAAAAUAGUUCAAUGA